UCCUGCUUGCUCUUGACAUUUUCUAGUUUUUGCAGAAAUCGACUCAAAGAUAAGGAUGCUUCGCUCUGCCGUUCGUAUCACUGCUGCUCCUGCCAAGCAGAUCAUGCAGUCUUCUUCGCGCACCGCCGUUAUCUCAAGUGUGCGCUCGAUCUCGUCGCUGUCGCGGCCGGCUGUUGCGCGCAACAUGCGUGUUGCCAGCAUGCGUCCUGUGGUGAUCCCCAGCGCUGUCCGCGGUAUGGGUGUGCGUAGCUAUGCUGACAACGUCUACACUCGCUCCAAGCCUCACCUCAAUGUUGGUACCAUCGGCCACGUUGAUCACGGUAAGACUACCCUCACUGCUGCAAUCACCAAGGUGCUUGCUGAGGCUGGAGGUGCCAAGUUCCGUGAUUACUCUGAUAUUGACAAGGCCCCUGAGGAGAAGGCUCGUGGUAUCACCAUCUCGACUGCCCAUGUCGAGUAUGAGACCGCUAACCGCCACUACGCUCACGUGGAUUGUCCUGGACACGCGGAUUAUAUCAAGAACAUGAUCUCCGGUGCCGCUCAGAUGGACGGUGCAAUCAUCGUCGUUUCUGCCACCGAUGGUCAGAUGCCGCAGACGCGCGAACAUCUGCUCCUGGCAAAGCAGGUGGGCAUCAAGAAACUUGUUGUCUUCAUCAACAAGGCUGAUGCCAUUGAUGAUGCCGAGAUGCUGGAGCUCGUCGACAUGGAGAUGCGUGAGCUGCUGACGACCUACGGCUUCGAUGGCGACAACACUCCGAUCGUGUCUGGAUCGGCCCUGUGCGCCCUUGAGGGUAAGCAGCCGGAGCUCGGCCUUGAGGCGAUCAAGAAACUGAUGGCCGCCGUCGACGAAUGGAUCCCGACCCCUGAGCGCGACUUGGACAAGCCGUUCCUGAUGCCUGUCGAGGAUAUCUUCUCGAUUGCCGGCCGUGGUACCGUUGUCACUGGUCGUGUCGAGCGUGGCCAGAUCACCAAGGGCCAGGAGCUCGAGGUCAUUGGCUUCGGCGCUCCCUUCAAGACUACCCUGACUGGAAUCGAGAUGUUCCACAAGCAGCUGGAGCAGGGCCAGGCCGGUGACAACAUGGGCGCUCUGCUGCGUGGUGUCAAGCGCGAGACCCUACACCGUGGUCAGGUCCUGGCUGCCCCUGGCACGAUCAAGGCGCACAAGAAGUUCAUGGCAUCGCUGUACAUUCUGACCAAGGACGAAGGCGGCCGCCACACGCCGUUCUCGGACAACUACCGCCCCCAGAUGUUCGUGCGCACCUGCGACGUCACUGCCAUUCUGACCCAUCCGCGUGGCCCUAACGGUGAGGACCCAGAGAACAUGAUGGUCAUGCCUGGUGAUAACAUCACCAUGCAGUGCGAGCUGCUGGCUGAGAUCGCCAUCGAGAAGGGCAUGCGCUUCACCAUCCGUGAGGGUGGCCGUACCGUGGGCACUGGCCUCGUUACCGAGCUCAUCGAGUAAACACCUAUCCUAUUUCACUUCAACCGCAGUACAAAAAAUCUCAAUAUCAGUUUCAACAUUUAUGACGU